AUGCUUGCCACCAUUUCGACCACGUUCGUUGCCCUUUCAACUUUCGCUAUCCUCGUGUCAGCAAAACCGGGUCUUUCGCUAGCUCUCAACGGGCCCAAGCAGGCGAAGGGCGUCGGCGAGUUAAUUAUCACGGCCACGCUGAUCAACACCGGCGACGUUGAGCUCAAGCUGCUGAACGACCCGCGCACGGUUUUGAACUCCUUCGAGACGGACACAUUCUCUAUCACUAAUGCGGCUGGAAAAUCUCCCGUGUUCCAAGGCGCGUUCGUGAAAUACUCGCCCGAGACGAUCCUCGCGGAGAAGAAGAACAGCUCGUUCACAGCGUUGGCUCCUGGGGCUCGCAUUGAGAUCAAGCACGAUCUCUCCAAGGCGUACAAUUUCACCUCGGCAGGCAUUGACAACUAUGACAUUGUCGCCGCUAACGCCUUCCAAUACCUGGACGAUGGCAAGUUGUCGACCAUCCAGGCCACCACUGCCUACACAUCCGGCGUUAAACUUGAGGGCAUGCUUGCAGUUUCGCGCCCCUCCGGUGACCAGCACCCGCCAUUCAAUAACUGCUCUGCCUCCCAGCAGGAGCAGAUAGCCUCUGCCGCCGCCGCCGCCGAAAAUUACCUCAAUGGCACACGAGAAUACCUCUAUCGUGUCUUUAACCACACCACCAGCGCCGCGCCGUCCCGCUUCGCGUCCUGGUUUGGCAACUUCACACAGCUCAACCACAAAAAAGUCUUGACCAAUUUCAUACAACUGGGCGCUCGCCCAUUGUCGGCCUACACAUACGACUGUGUGUGCGACAGCUAUGGCGCCGACGUCUUUGCCUUCGUCCACGCCACCGACCUGGACACGCUCAGCGUCUGCGGGCUGUUUUGGGACGCACCCCUGACUGGCUUAGAUUCGAAGGCCGGAACACUCAUCCAGGCUGCAUCGCACUUCGCGACGACCGCUGCCACCCGGGACUUGGCCUCUGGCAAGACGGCCUCUUUGAAGUUAGCGAUCGAUAACCCGGCCGAGGCCACCGUGAACGCAGACAGUUACGAGUACUUCGCUGAGCAUGACGAUCUUCUGUCGAGUUUCCUCAUAUGGAAUCACCCCAUGUGGAAUAUCCUCAAUAUGGAAUGA